AUGACUCUUUCUUUUCUCCUAAUGGAAAAACUAAUGGAACCAACAUUGGGGCAAAUAUUGUCUGCUUCCGACCUUCAAAUUGUAAAAGAUGUACUGGUCGUGUUUAUGAAGCAGAAAAGGUUGUGGCCGCAAGUGAAGUUUGGCAUAAAUGUUGUUUCCGUUGUUUGCGUUGUGGGCGGUCUUUGGAGCCCGGAAAAUUUUCGGAUAGAGCUGGAGAGAUUUACUGCAAUAGUAUGGAAUUCAUGUUUUAUUAGAGUCAGGAGGCUGGUAUUCGCUAUUUUAGGAACAAUACAGUCAAGAAUUUUUUUAAAAUUCAAACAUAUUUCGAUACUAUACGGUUAUCUCCCAACAUUAUAUUUUUCUUCUUUAUUAGCUAUUCAAAGAUACAUAUUAAUUUGA